AUGCACGCGAACGUGUCUCAGCUCCCGUGGCCGACGCUAGACCAGCCGCCAUUCGUCACAAUGGAGCCCAACUAUGACUUCUCAGACUCCAGGGCAGAAUCUGAGGACUGGUAUGCCAAUAUAAACGUGCCCAGCAUGGGAUUGGUGGACAUCUCUGUUUUGUCAGACCCGCUGGUGCCCGAAGUUGCUUCGCUUGUUCCCGAAUACCAAAACACUCUCGCGCAACACGCGCAUACUAUACAGCCCGCUGUGGAACCCAGCUACAAGUGGCACGCUAAUACACCGAUUUUAUUCGAGCCAGAACGCGUCGUAGCUGACAGCAACAAGUUGAAAGCCGCGAGCACACAGCCAAAAAAGCAGUUCGCCUGCGAAUUGUGCGCAAAGACGUUCACGCGAAGAGAGUCCAUGAAGAACCAUGUCUCGUCCGUACAUCAGAGACUCAAGCCGUACAAAUGCCAGUACGCCAAGUGCACACACGAAUACUCUACUCCCUCAGACCUGAGACGCCACGUGCGCGAAAAACAUCUACGCAACGCCGAAAAGCUGUUCAUCUGCCAAGGUCGCACCGCAGACGGGAAUCUAUGGGGAUGUGGCAAACGGUUCCAUCGCUCUUACCAGCUCACAGGUCACUGGAAGAGCAAUAGGUCGCAAAGGAAGUGCCACAUUCCACCGGAUUUUGACUACACUCCUAUCAAGUUUCGGAUUCGAUUUCGGUCAUGCCUGCUAAAAAUUCACGGCCCCAGCGCCAGAGACCUGGCGGUGGUGGCCGCCUGGUACCGUGCUGAGCUGAAGAAUUUAUAUAUUUUGAAUAAUUCCGAGAUCACUUUAAUUCUUCCAAUGUUCAGAGCCGUCGCAAGAAGCCCUCUAUCGCUCGCAAGAACUUACGCCACCGGCAAGGUCACCGGUCAAUUCACCGGUAAGCCAGGUCCGGACGGCAAGUACACUGUCACCAUGAUCCCUGGUGACGGUAUUGGUCCCGAGAUUGCAGCCUCUGUGGAGGCCAUUUUCAAAGAGGCCAAGGUCCCAAUCACCUGGGAGCCUGUCGACGUGACUCCAUCGCUGAUCAACGGUAAGACCACCUUGCCAGCUGAUGCUGUUGCCUCCAUCAACAAAAACCUGGUCGCUCUGAAAGGCCCUCUGGCUACGCCUGUUGGUAAGGGACACCAGUCGAUGAACCUGACUUUGAGAAGAACCUUUGCUCUUUUCGCCAACGUCAGACCUUGUAAGAGCGUGCAAGGCUACAAGACUCCGUACGAGAACGUCGACACUGUUUUGAUCAGAGAAAACACCGAGGGUGAGUACUCUGGUAUCGAGCACGAGAUCGUGCCUGGUGUCGUGCAAUCGAUCAAGCUGAUCACCAAGCCGGCCUCUGAGAGAGUGAUCAGAUAUGCUUUUGAGUACGCCAAGUCCGUCAACAAGCCAGAGGUCAGAGUUGUCCACAAGGCUUCCAUCAUGAAGCUUUCCGACGGUUUGUUUGUGGAGACCGCCAAGGAGGUCGGCAAGGAAUACCCAGACAUCAAGCUUUCCUUUGAGCUGCUCGACAACACCUCCCUGAAGCUCUGUGCAGACCCAUCUGAGUACAAGUCCUUGGUCAUGGUGAUGCCAAACUUGUACGGUGACAUUAUGUCUGAUCUCUCCUCUGGUCUCAUCGGAGGUCUGGGAUUGACUCCAUCUGGUAACAUGGGUAACAAGGUGUCCAUUUUCGAGGCUGUUCACGGUUCUGCCCCAGACAUUGCCGGCAAGGGUCUUGCCAACCCUACCGCUCUCCUGCUUUCCUCCUGUAUGAUGCUGAGACACAUGGAGCUGAACUCCCAUGCCGACAAGAUCGAAGACGCCGUUCUGAAGACCAUUGCCUCCGGCCCAGAAAACAGAACUAGAGACCUGAAGGGAACCUCCUCCACCAGCCACUUCACGGAGCAGGUGAUCAAAAAUUUAUAG